AUGAAGCCGUCGCCUUACCCUACCUUAGCAUAUGAUCGUUUAUUAAAUAUUCUUCCUCAAGAUUUAUCUAAUGCUACAACAGAUCAUGGUGUUUGGAAAUUACCCAAUGGUGAUAAAUAUUAUAAAUUAUGUUUAGAAUAUCAUACAACAACCAAUAUGAGUCCAGACGAAGUUUAUGAACGUGGAAAAAAACAUAUUUUUUUAAAUAGUAUUUUGAACGAGAAACAAGUUGAAAGUUGGCAUGAUUUUCAAACAAGUAUCACUAAUUUCGAAAAUGAUAGUGAACAAAAAUUCUUAAUGAUUAUCGUCAAAUCAUGUGAAAAUAUUGAUAAUGAAAUCGAUAAAUAUUUCUUAUCUGUAUGUCGACCAGCAACAAAAUGUAUUGUUGAACGUAUGCCUCAAUUAAAAGAAGCUACAGCAGUAGCGGUUCAUUAUUUUCCGGCAACAUUUUAUGGUAAAACACCAGAAAAAAAAGUUUUUAAAUAA